AUGCCUUCGGUCCUCACUGACGCCGACAAGGAAACCGUCAAGCGGACCGUGCCCAAGGCAUCCAACAAAAUCCAAGCUGUCGCAGUCGCUCGACUGUACGUCGCGUACCCCGACCGCAGUCGAUGGACAUACUCGGGCCUCCAGGGCGCUGCCGUUCUUUCGAAUGACUUGGUGGGAAACACAUUCUGGAUCAAACUGGUUGACGUCUCGCCCGCCAACCGAGGCGUGAUAUGGGAUCAGGAGAUCUACGACACUUUCCAAUACAAUCAGGACAGGACCUUUUUCCACUCGUUCGAACUCGAGCAAUGUCUGGCAGGCUUAUCCUUCGUCGACGAGAAAGAGGCGCGCCAGUUCAAGAAGAAGAUGGACGAGCGGGAAAAAAAUGCCUCCAAGAACACAAAGGCGCAACCUUUUGCUUCGUCCGCAGGAGGGGGCCAGGUUUUCGUGCCCGGCAGCACUCACAAACACCACAGUCGCGUGGGCAACUUCUUUGGUCGCCACAGACAGAGCUCGGCGUCCCUACAGCCUCAGGCCAUGGCUCCCCAGCCAAUUUACAGCCCCGGUCCAGCACCGGCCAGUCGACCACAAAGCGCAGGGGGAAUAGAUCUCGCCGAUCCGUCGUGGAGGCCUAUCUUGGACGAACUCCUGCAAAUGGGCAUCACUGAGGAUCAAAUAGCUCAAAACGCCGACUUCAUCAAGGCCUACGUCCAACAAAAACAAGCAGAAGAAAUGGCCAACGGCAUUGCUUCAGCCUUGCCGAACGUGGCUGAGACGAGAUCGAGAGCGCCUCCUCCACCUCCUCCACCAGCACCACCAUCAAGAAUCAGCCCCGAAAAUACAGGUAGCACUACUUCCGGUCGACGAGGGCCUCCGCCGGCUCCCCCGCCAUCAAGACGACCAGUGGGAGGACGCGAGGCUUCACCACCACCACCAAGAUCAGUGUCUCCGCCUGCUCGAACGCCAUCCCCUCCUGCGACCCCACAGCCUAGAUUCCGUGCACCGCCUCCUAUUGCAGACGCUGGCAAGUUUGCCGUGAAAGAAGGGCCAGCUCUCCAUCCCUCAGGCCGAAGUCGAGCCUCGUCGGGCUCUCUGGCGAAUCCAGGCCCUCCACCUCCGCCUCGUCCCCCGAAGACGCCGAUCGAAGAAGAACAACAGCCGCAAGGUGGAUUGUUUAGGGUCCCUCCACCUUUUACGGGCGACCGAAAAUCUUCAGCACCUCCACCUCCGCCGAGUCGUGGUCCUGUUCCCCCUCCACCUCCCAGUCGAGGGACACCCACUCUUUCCCCCGGGCCGCCGCCACCACUGCCGCCCAAAGCAGGACAGACGCCAUCUCAUUCAGCCCUCUUCGUUCCUCAGCCGCCGCCUCCUCCGCCUCCUGCUCGAAAUAAUGCUCCACCUCUACCGCCCCCCAACACUCGCGCAGUUCCUCCUCCACCCACGGGUGCUGGCCCACCACCGCCGCCUCCGCCUCCAAUGCCAUCCCUUGGUGGCCCUCCACCUCCACCACCCAUGCCAUCCUUUGGCGGACCGCCACCACCGCCUCCUCCAAUGCCCAGCUCAGGAGGUCCGCCUCCACCUCCUCCGCCUCCUCCACCGGGCAGCUCCGGUCCUGCACCGCCGCCUCUUCCGUCCGGUGGAGCGGACGGCCGCGACUCGCUCCUCGCUGCCAUUCGCGGAUCCGGUGGUAAAGCUGGUGGCGGCUUACGCAAGGUUCAGGACAGUGAGAAACGUGAUCGAAGUUCGGCGCUCGUGCCUGGUGCGGAGAGUAGUGCGCCUGCGCCGCCGGGUGGGACGGCUUCCCCUGCCACGCCGGCAGGAGAUCAGGGUGGGUUAGCAGGUGCGUUGGCCGCGGCAUUAAGCCAGAGGAAGAAGAAAGUUAGUGGCAGCGAUGAUGAAAAAGACGACGAUGACGAUUGGUGA